AUGAUGACACCAAACACCGAUCGUACUAUCUUUUCUCGCCCCAAAGACUGGGAACGAUUCAACGCCAAAUUCCAGACCCAAGCCGUAGCCUUUGACCUCUGGGAUUACAUCAAUCCAAAAGACAGGGUUGCUUGGCCGACACAGCCAAAAGAACCCUCAUACGCCAAUUACCCGAAGAAGCUCGGCCGAGGAACAAGAACAUCAAGCUCAAUAACCGUCGGUGGAGAAGAAGAACCGGUCGACCUGAAUAAAACGCCAACAAAUACCAUGGAAAUGACACAGAUUGGGAGAUCGGCAUAUAUCCAGGAUUGGAAUCACUACACCCACAAGAGCAGGGAAUACACAGAACAUCGGAAGAACGUCAAAUCCAUGACUGAUUAG